GUCGGUCAUCCUCACAGACGGUGACCUUGGCCUCCUCCGCCGGGAUGCCACGGCGGCUAAGCUCCUGCCCCCUUGCCUUCACCCCGUAUGCCAGCUGGCCCUCUUUGCCCUCCUUGGACCUUCACAGGGGUGUCCUCUUAGGGACGAUCCUGGCACUUGCUCCAGUCUGUUGCCCAGCCCUUACGCUCGGUCUGGUGGGACCUUGGUCCCGCGACCCCUCCUUCUCCAGCACCCUGCCUGAAGUUGCUGCUCAACUAGCCGCGGAGAGGAUCAAGAAGGAUCCUUCCCUCUCUGCGAUCCACCAACUGGAUCACCUCUUGUUUGAGGAAGACGGCCAGGCCUGGAAAGCAAUGGCGAGAUUUGCUGACUCCUCCAAGAAUCUGUCCGCGUUCGUAGGACCGCUGAAUCCUCGCCACUGCGAGGCUGCCUCUUGGCUAGCCCGAGGCUGGAACAAAGCCAUGUUAUCUUGGGUCUGCCUGGAGGACCACCUGGACUAUCCGAUGGACCAACCGGCCUUGAUCAGAACGUUGCCUUCCGCGGCUACGGUCCUCCUCGCCGUGUUGAAAUAUUUCAGCUGGGCUCACGUUGGCAUCGUCUCUUCUGAGGGGGACCUUUGGGUGGACACAGCCCACAAGUUGGCGAGUGUCCUUAGAAGCCACGGGCUACCCGUGGCUCUUGUGACGUCCACCGGGACGGAAACGGAAAAAGUAGAAGAGGCCUGGCGCAAGAUUCAAGCUGCUGGGAAUAUCAAAGUCCUUCUGCUCUGCAUGGCGUCUGCUCUCACUGGGGGGGAAGAGCAGGCGUCCUUCCUAAGCAAAGCCCAGGAACUGGGGCUGGCCGACGGCAGGUACCUCUUUCUGCCCUACGACACGCUCUUCUACAGCCUGCCCUACGGGAACCAUUCCUAUUUCCUUCUGGAAAAUGACGACGGCUUCCGGAAGGCUUACGACGCCGUGCUGACGAUCACGUUGCAGUCUGGAGAAUUGACUUUCUACGACGCUUUUCGGGCAGCCAAAGAAAAGGGAGAAAUCAAGGUGGAUUUUGAACCUGAACAGGUCACUCCCCUAUUUGGGACAAUCUACGAUGCCAUUUACCUGGUCACCAAAGCCCUAGCCAAGGUAGCCCAGCCCCAAACGUCUGAACUCUCCGCAACGACCUUGAUUCAACAUGUCAGAAAUUUGGACUUUGCCGGCUUCAACCGCAGGAUCCAAGUCGACAGCCAAGGGCGGCCGCUGGCCAAAUACGUCAUCCUGGACACGGAUGGCAAAGAAAGUCACCUGUACCCAACUUACCUGCUGGCAGCGUCUUCGGGCAGGAUGCAGCCUCUGGGGAGGGCGAUCCAUUUCCCUGGAGGGAGACCGCCCCCCGCUGAUUCGGCCUGCUGGUUCGAACCCCAGGUCCUCUGCGAGAGAAAUGACGUGUGUGAAAACAGCCACCCCAACCGCCGACUUGUGAAAGGAUCUCAGAGGCUGUUUCUGACUUUAGACGAUGUAACUUUUGUGAACACCAAAAUCAGUAGAAUGAGGUUAACUCUUGACAACCUCAGCGAGUCAAAGAGCUGCUCCGAAGAACACAGCCUUAGGUCCGUGACCCACUCGUUGUCGGUGAAAAGCACAACUCUAACCUACGAAACCUCCAAUGUGGCUGUGUACGAGAUGAGGGAGUUACGCCAUGAAAAUGUGAACCCCUUUCUGGGUGUUUUAUCUGACACUGGCCUUUCUGCAGUUGUGAUGGGUUUCUGCUCCAGGGGAAGCCUCCAGGACUUGCUACAAAACAUGGACAUAAAGUUAGACUGGAUGUUUAAAUCAUCCCUUUUGAUGGAUUUAAUUAAAGGCAUGAAAUACUUACACAGCCAGGCCUUGAUUCACGGGCGCCUCAAAUCCCGCAACUGUGUGGUGGAUGGACGGUUUGUGUUGAAAAUCACGGAUUAUGGCUACGGGGAGCUACUAGCGGCCCAGGGGGUCUCCCAGGGUCAGGCCUCUGCCGAAGAAUUGCUCUGGACUGCUCCUGAAUUACUCAGAGAUCCUCAGCUGAGUCCCAAAGGCAGCUUGCAAGGCGACGUGUUCAGUUUUGCCAUUAUUCUGCAAGAGGUAAUACUCCGAGGGCCUCCCUACGGCACGGUGGAGCUGUCGGCUGAAGAGAUUAUAAGCAAACUGAAGCACCCCCUGACUUUGUUUCGGCCAAGUGUUCCCCUGGAAAACACCCCUUUGGAAUAUAUCCAGCUGAUGAAGCAGUGCUGGAGUGAAGUGCCGACGCGAAGGCCGACGUUUGACAAGGUCUUUGAACAGUUCAAAACCAUCAACAAAGGGAAACGGAUGAACAUCAUGGACUCCAUGCUGCGGAUGUUGGAAAACUAUUCCAGCAACUUGGAGGAAUUAAUCCGAGAGAGAACGGAAGAACUGGAGGUGGAAAAGCAGAAGACGGAGCAGCUGCUCUCGCAGAUGCUCCCCUUGCCAGUGGCUGAAACGCUGAUAAGAGGAGCAUCCGUGGAGCCCGAAUACUUUGACGAAAUCACCAUCUACUUCAGUGACAUCAUCGGCUUCACCACCAUGUCCGCCCUCUGUGAGCCUAUUGAAAUUGUGGAUCUCCUGAAUGACCUCUACACUCUCUUUGACGCCAUCAUUGGUCAUCAUGAUGUCUACAAGGUGGAGACCAUUGGUGAUGCUUACAUGGUGGCCUCAGGGCUCCCGAAACGCAACGGCCACAGGCACGCGGCGGAGAUCGCCAACAUGUCUCUGGAUAUCCUCAGCUCAGUGGGAACUUUCCGAGUGAAGCAUAUCCCGGAUCUGCCCGUGAAGAUACGGAUGGGACUGCAUUCAGGUCCCUGUGCUGCAGGGGUGGUAGGUCUCACCAUGCCCAGGUACUGUCUGUUUGGAGACACGGUGAACACGGCUUCCCGAAUAGAGUCCACCGGAUUGCCCUACAGGAUUCACAUCAGCCAAAACACCAUGAGGAUCCUUCAGAACCUUAAAGACGGUUACAAAAUGAACUUCAGAGGGAAGACAGAACUGAAGGGCAAAGGAUUGGAAGACACCUACUGGCUAGUAGGCAAAAAAGGAUUCACGAAAACCCUUCCUCAUCCUCCGGAAAUAAAACCAGGGUAA